UUCAAACGGGUUACGGGGCCCGCUUUACUCGAGAGAGGCUAACCCUAAAAAAAAAACACUUCCUGAGAGAGAGGGAGGGGGGAAAAUGGAAGCUAAAGAUAUGGAGAUGGAUGUGGAAGAUGCGAAACCUAGUUCGAAUUCAAACCAAUUCAAGCGAUUCGGACUCAAAAACACUAUUCAAACGAACUUCGGAGACGACUACGUCUUCCAAAUCGUCCCCGAGGAUGAUUGGACGUCGAUGGCGGUGUCUCUGUCGACCAACGCCGUAAAAUUGUACUCAGCAGUCACAGGUCAAUACUUGGGGGAGUGUAAAGGCCAUUCUUCCACUAUUAAUCAAAUCUCAUUCUCUGCUCCAACGACCCCUCACCUUCUUCACUCUUGCUCUUCUGAUUCUACCAUCAGAGCUUGGGACUCUAGAUCAUUCCAGCAG